AUGAAACUUUUCAAACUCAUUGGUAUUAUUUUUCUGAUCACAUCUCCUGGGGUUUUAUGCUCGUUCACCGCCGCCGGGUCUGAGAAACAUGACGCUGAUGAUGAUUGCUGCGAAUGGGAUCAUGUACCCACCGAUCCAUCAGAUUUGGGAAUUUUCGACGAUUACAACCCAUGGGUUGAUUCUAUCGACAACUUUAGGCCUGAUAACCCAAAUUAUAACUUCUACAACCCCAGCGGCGUGGGCCCUUUUCAUGCAGCGGAUUAUUUGCAAUGGCGCCCGGAAAUGGAUGUCCACGAGCGAAUGCUUCUCUCCAUGGAAGCUUUCAAAGCAUCUCCAAAUAUCGGCCAUAGGCUGCUCUGGCUCGCAGCCGAGGCAGGUCAUACCUCUGUUAUGGAAGCGCUUUUGAGAGCUGGAGCUAGCCCUUUCGGAGUCAAUGACCGCGGUAAGCCGUCAAGUCGUACACUUGUCGUUGCUAGUCGCCGGGGUGAUGUCGAGAUUAUGCGGCUGUUGGUUGAAGCUGGCGUCGAUCCUGAUAUGAGUCUCGACGGUUGGCAGGAUGUACGGUCGGACUGGUGGGAGAAUCCCGAGCCGGCAGCAGUGCAGCACACUCCCUGCGAGUUGCACAGCUGCGGCUGGGAAACUACCCCUAUAUUCCUCGCCGCAGAGCACAAUCACACGGCAAUGGUUCAAUGGCUACUCCAAACAGGGCGUAUAGACCUUGCAAGGCGACACAACAACUCCAACAAGACCGUCCUAGAGACUGCAGCACACAUUGGUCACUCGCCGACAUUCAAGCUGUUGAUGGAACAUUGUGUUGUCAAUGGCGACCACGAGGAUCAUCAGCCAUGCUUCAUAGUGUCAAAUCUACUAGAAGAGGUAGCUGGAACGGGAGAUCUAGAUCUCACAUAUUUCACGCUUCAGCACUUGGGAUUCCCAGUCGAGAACACACAUGUCGAUCGCAGAGGAAUGUUCCACGUUCUCGCAAAGAGACAUCGUCAGCUGAUGAUGCAUACAUUUCGGGGCAUCCUUGCCAGCACUAGAGCAUCAGCAAGUUUUAUCCAGCAUUUCCUCGAAUAUUUCCGAGUACUCGAGAAAGUGGAAAUUCCUGGCAUGUUGGAAAUGAGGGACGAAUUGAAUCACAGCCUCUUUCUGGCAGUCAUGGGCGACCGAGUCGAUGUUUUUGCGCUACUCAUGGAGCUCAAUGCACAGUAUUUUAAUCAGUUCAGUCAGUCAGGGUCAGGAACCGAUCUAUUAAAGCAGUCAAAACUUUCUUCCAUGAGAUUAGCGUUGGAACACGACAGACCAGGCAUUGUUAAAUAUCUGAUCGAAGAAGAAGACAUGGAUCCGAACAUAAACAGUCGAGGCUAUCUUCCGUUCGACGCUUUACGUGAUCGCCAACAUAGGUCUGAAACUUUGCUGGAAUUGGCGUCAUUCAAAGGGUCUUACAGUGUUGCACGUUAUCUUCUUGAAAACACGAACCCGUAUAUCUCUGGUCUUUUAGGGCACGAUGCAUGGGAUACGCCACUUUCUUGCCUCUUGAGGACUGCCCGAUUUGACCCUCCGUAUCAACACCAGAUUGAGAGCAGAGAGCUGGAUGAAGUCGUUGGCCUUCUUUUGCGUCGAGGCGGGCCUGUCUCGUUGGUCUCACCUGCAGGAAGCCCCGAAUUCGAGAACAACAGCGUGAUUGUUGACGUUGUGGGCGACUUUGGGUCAAGCCUGCAACCCAGAGUUUGUCUCUGUUGGGGCUAUCGUGAAACGAUGCGACCCAAGCCUAAUCUUAGAGAUAAAGGUGUAGUUCGUCUGGAGUUGAAGCAAGAGGAUGAGAUGUGGUGGAGGAGCCUACAAAGGAUGAUUGAGGUAUCUUCGAAGUCUGAAGUACAGCGCGAGGAGCUGUGA